AUGGAUAGGGAGAGAAUAGCGGUAAUCGCGAUGAAAGGCCAUCCUGGGAGCGGAAAGAGCACGCUGGCCACCGCCAUAGCGAAAUCCCUAAAAUGCCCCCUGAUCGACAAGGACCAUUUCCGCGACUCCACCCACGAAGUCCAGCAGGCCCUCCUCCUGGCCCAAACGCCACGCGCAGCUGCGGCCAAGCUGCUCAACGACCUAUCCUACGAGGCCAUGUGGCGGGUGGCCUCGACGCAGCUGGGCCUGGGGCUGCGCGUGGUGGUUGACUCCCCUCUGUCGAGGCGGGCCCACCUCGACCGCUUGCUGGACAUGAGCGGCGGCCGGGUGAUGGUGGUCGAGUGCCGGCCCGGCGACGAAGCGGAGUGGCGGAGGCGGCUCGAGUCAAGGGGCCGGACGGAGUGGCACAAGCCGUCCACGUGGCGAGAGAUGGAGGAGCUGUUGGAAGCGUACGGAGGGUGUUGGGAUUAUGACGUGGCUGACGUGCCCAGCCUCGUUUUCGAUACUACGGCGCCGGUUCAGAUCGCCGACUUGGCUUCCCGUGUUGUUGAGUUGGUUGGUUAA